AUGGAUGCAAUUAGCUGCAUGGAUGAGAGUACCACCACUGAAUCACUCUCCAUAAGCCUUUCUCCCACCAUGUCAUCGGACAAGGUGCUUUUACCUUCUCCGAUAGUGUCUUCAAAGAAGCCUUCUCCUCCGCCGCCGUCAAACACCUUGUGUCGUGUCGGCAGCGGAGCCAGCGCAAUCGUCGAUCCUGAAGGCGGAGGGAACACCGAGGCCGAGUCUCGGAAGCUUCCGUCCUCCAAGUACAAAGGCGUCGUGCCGCAACCCAACGGACGCUGGGGCGCGCAGAUUUACGAGAAGCACCAGCGCGUGUGGCUCGGAACCUUCAACGAGGAAGACGAGGCGGCGAGGGCCUACGACAUCGCCGCGCAGCGGUUCCGGGGCAAGGAUGCCGUCACGAACUUCAAGCCCGUUUCCGGCGCCGCCGGAGACGCCGACGACGACGGCGAGGCCGACUUUCUCAGCUCGCAUUCCAAGUCGGAGAUCGUCGACAUGCUGAGGAAGCACACGUACAAUGACGAGCUGGAACAGAGCAAGCGCAGCCGCGGAGUCGUCCGGCGGCGCGGCGGAGCCGCCUCCGCCGGAACAGUGAACUCGACCUCCGGCGCGUGUGUUACGAAGGCGCGUGAGCAGCUGUUCGAGAAGGCCGUUACGCCGAGCGACGUGGGGAAGUUGAACCGGUUGGUGAUCCCGAAGCAGCAUGCGGAGAAGCACUUUCCGUUACAGAGCGUCAACGGCGUUAGCGCUACGGCGGCGAAGGGCGUUUUGUUGAACUUCGAAGACGUUGGAGGGAAAGUGUGGCGGUUCCGUUACUCGUAUUGGAAUAGCAGCCAGAGUUACGUCUUGACCAAAGGUUGGAGCCGUUUCGUUAAAGAAAAGAAUCUGAAAGCCGGUGACACGGUUUGUUUUCACCGGUCCACUGGACCGGACAAGCAGCUUUAUAUCGAUUGGAAGGCGCGGAAUAAUAAUGUUAACGAGGCUGGGUUGUUCAGCCCGGUCGGACCGGUUGUUGAACCGAUUCAGAUGGUUCGGCUCUUCGGCGUUAACAUUUUGAAACUACCCGGUUCGGAGCCAAAUAAUAAUAAUGCAAGCGCAACUAUUCCCGGGUUCUACAAUGGCAAAAGAAGAGAAAUGGAACUGUUUUCCUUAGAGUGUAGCAAGAAACCCAAGAUUAUCGGCGCUUUGUAA